CUUAUAAAAAAGCACAAGAAAAUGAAACCUAUAUGCUUUACACAUAUCUAAAAGUCAGACAACAGUUAUGUUAUAUUCAUUAUAUGAAUAUUGUUGAAGCAAAUUAUCACCAAAAGUCCGAACUUAAUAUUCCUAUGGAAACAGAUAAAACAAAUAAAGAAAUAACAAUAUAUG